AUGGCGCCAGCAUCUUACCAUGACGACUCCAAGGAGGCCGGCGCUGAGGCUCUUCCUGCCGCCUCAGACCCUCCCAGUGAGGCGCCCGUUCUUGACAGCCGGCCGGACUACUCCAUCUUCACAACGUGGGAGAAGACGAGUAUUGUCCUCGGCGCCGCCGCCGGGGCCUUCCUUUCGCCCCUCACCGGUCAGAUAUACUUGCCUGCCCUCAACCUUCUUGCUCAAGAUCUCAAGAUCACAGACGCGCAGGCCAACUUGACCGUGACAACGUACAUGAUAUUCCAAGGCAUCACACCCAUGUUCAUCGGCUCUUUCGCCGAUGGCGCCGGCCGACGACCUGCCUAUCUACUGUGUUUUGUUGUCUAUAUUGCGGCCAACAUCGGUUGUGCUCUGUCCCCCAACUACGUUGCCCUCCUUAUCUUGCGCAUGCUCCAGUCCGCCGGCUCAAGCACCACCGUAGCCUUGUGUCAGGCUGUCGUUUCCGACAUCAUCACUUCGGCUGAGCGCGGACAGUACGUCGGCUAUGUCACAGUCCCUGUUCUUCUUGCCCCAGCUGUAGGGCCCGUACUCGGUGGUGCCAUCGCUCACUACUUGGGCUGGCGUUGGAUCUUUUGGUUCCUCACUAUCCUUGCUGGCGCCAUCACAAUUCUCUACGCCAUGUUCAUGCCGGAAACUUGCAGAAGGAUCGUGGAUGACGGCAGCGUGCGACCUCACCCCAUCUACCGUACCCUCUGGCAGCUCUGGAAGGACGCGCUACAGAAAAGAAAGGCAAGGCGUAGCGAAGAUGCGUCAGCAUUACAGCGGACCGCCUCCCGUGCGUCUGUGAGGCAGAGCCUGCGGUUGAAAAGGCCAAAUCCGCUGCGAAGUCUGACGAUCCUGUUCGAAGUUGAGAUGUCUAUUCUUCUGUUCUAUAGCGCCAUUCCUUUCGCAUCCUUCUAUGCCAUCGCCACGGCUAUGCCGUCGCAGCUUGGCGAAAACUACGGUUUAGAUGACUUGAAAGUCGGAUUAAUGUACUUACCUCUGGGCGGCGGGUCCAUGUUUGCCGCUAUCGCCAUGGGCAGAGUUAUCAACUGGAACUACCGGAGACAUUGCAAAAAGCUUGGCGUGCCUUUCGAGCGGUCCAAACAACAAGACCUCUCCGAAUUCCCUAUCGAGAAGGCGAGGUUGGAGGUUGGCAUUCCGCUUCUCUCGCUCUCGACUGUGGUGCUCUUUGCUUGGGGGUGGGCCCUGCAGUAUCAUGCUCACCUCGCCGUCUUGUGUGUCUUGCUCUUCAUCAUGGGGGUGGGUAUCAUUGGGUACAGCAACACCACUGGUGCACUCAUAGUCGAUGUCAACCCAAGCAAUGCGGGUGCCGCAACAGCGAGUAACAACCUCACGAGAUGUCUGAUUGGGGCAGCAGCUACGGCUGUCAUCAAUCCCAUGAUCAAAGGCAUCGGUGCUGGGUGGGCGUUUUUUAUCCUCGGUGCCCUCCAACUCGUCGGUGCGCCCGUUCUGUUACUAGUCAUGAGAAACGGCAUUCAAUGGCGAAAAGCAAAAGAGGCAAGAAGACGACAAAAGAAGGAGAGAAAAGCUUCGCGGGUUGCAAAUGCAGAGACCAGUCAAGGCCAGCAGGCUGAUUAUCCUCCAGAUGGUAAGGAGUAA